UUCACUGCAGGAGUCACAUGACCAGACGGCUGUUCGCAGAAGGACACCGCCAUGAACUCCCACGAAGAAGAAGAGGAGCGUUAACAACAGGCGGCUCUGCGCUGUAACGGUCACUGCCGCUCCUCUAAUCAGCCCUUAAGUGGCAGUUAAUUAAAAAUGGCGGCCAAAGCAGCAGCGGCAGCAGCAGCGCGCUGCGUGACGCGGAGGACGUUCACCCUCCACGCUGCACGCAGGUCAACAGCUAUGAAUAUGCGGGAAUGCAGCACAAAACUGGCAACCCAGCAGGACCGGAAACCAAAGAGAUCUCCCUUCAGACCGGCAGCCAGCACCACACACGACUGGAUCGGUCCACCGAACCCUCUCUCCAACCUCCGACCCAUCGUCUACAGCGUCCCGGAGAACGAAUCAGAGCUGGAGAGACGACUGAGACACCUGAGGCAGGAGACGGAGGACUGGAACCACGACUUCUGGACCAAACAGAACAUCAGCUUCAGCGAGGAGAAGGAUGCGUACAUCUUUUCACAGCUGAACUCCAGAGGCCUGACUGUGCGUGAUGAGAGCGGACGCCGGCGGGCCCUGAACAGUGAAGAGAUGGCCGUGUUUUACAAAAGCUUCCUGGACACAAACAGAAUACGACACGCAGAUUAUAACAAGGAAUGGUACCGACGUAACUUCACCAUCACCUUCCUCAUGGCCCGAGUCGCCCUGAGGAACAUGUGGAGGACUGUUAAUGAAAGAUACAACAGAAAGAAAAACAGCUCUUCUACCAGCUCAUAACAAAUAAAUAAAAUCACCUACCGUUCUUUCUUUGUUUUCAGUGCUUUGUUUACUUCUUUAUUCACUUACAGUAAUUAUAAAAACCACCUCUCGUAUCUGAUGGAAGA